AUGAAACGAAUUAAACCACAUGGUAGAGCCAAGAUUUGGUGGGCAGACGGCAGCUUGGAUUGUGAUGCCACUGUGGACUUUGCUUGGCUUGCUAAGUCAUCCCCUCAACAGGGGUGGGUAGCAAACAUCAUGAGACUGCGGGUGGUAACAGAGACUCUUCUGGAGUCUCCUGGCCAGGCCCUUUUGCAAAGCAGGAUGUUCUAUGUCAAGCUCACCACAGGUAGAAUGGAGUUAGAAGCUUCCAAAGUGAGGACUUUGGCUGUGUCGAUUGGAUCCUCACUCUUUUGUUUUGCGCUCACUGUGAAAGAUAUUCAUGAUUUGGCAAAGACGCAAGACAUGGGAUUCUUUGCAUGCUUGCUGGACUCUUUGCUGGUGGAUUUGGAGUGGCGAGCUCCGCUGUUGCACAUGCUCAAGAGUAAGCAGACCGUGGACUUCAGCAACGAAGGAGCGCUGACAGAAGAGCACAUCAAACAGAUUGGUGCAGUCCUUGAGGAGGCCAGUGAUCUCCUGGAAUGCACCUUGACGGAAAGAGAACCUUGGUGA